UCAUAACAUUGUACAGCUGGAUUGAGUGGACAGAUCAAGUGAGGCUGGAACAGGGCUUAUGUGAGAUUUUCGCACCGAUUAUAUGACGGAAACGGGCCACAGGCUUGCGAUCCAGGAAGACAAAAAUUGUCCUGAUUUCCUGCUUAUUUGUGCUGGCUCGUUUACAGCGUCCUGCUCGUCGCAAUUCUGGCCUCAUCAUCGGACUCGGAUAGCGGUGGGUUGUCUCCGCCACCGGCAAAGAAACAACGCGUAGCUGCUGCCAGUGCAAUGCAAGCCAAUGAUGUUGACUCGUCGACGAGUACGGCCGCCGUGGCACACAAUGGAACUGGAGACACCCUCCCGCACAGUAGCAACGGGACUGGACCCGGCGGAGCUGCUGGAGCUACAAACCAUUCCAAUGGAUCCUCUUCUCCUGCUUUUGAGGAGGAAGUUGGGUCGAAGGCGAGUGCCACCGAGCUCUCGCCCAGCGACAGGGACAUAGUUCGCCUGAUUGGCCAGCAUCUCAUGGGACUCGGCUACACGAAGACUGUUGAUCUUUUGAUGAGGGAAUCAGGCUGUCGGCUGGAGCAUGAUUCAGCGGCCAAAUUCAGGUCACACAUCAUGACCGGAGAAUUCAGCGAGGCUGAUGAGGAUCUGGAGGAGUUGAAGUCACUGAUGGAAUGCCCGCAGGGUGAUAAGAAGAUGAGGUUCUUGAUCCUGGAGCAGAAGUUUCUGGAGCUUCUUGAGGACGGGUCCAUCAUUGAAGCCUUGGACUGUCUCCGCAAGGAACUCACUCCACUCAAAUACAACACGGAUCGGGUCCAUGUACUUAGCGGGUUCUUAAUGUGCGCCAACAAAGACGAGCUGAGAGAGAAAGCUAGCUGGGCUGGCAAAGGGCCAGAAUCCAGAGGCAAACUCAUGGAACAGCUUCAAUCGUUCUUGCCUGCGUCUGUGAUGCUACCUCCCCGCCGUCUCUACACCUUACUGGGUCAAGCCGUUGACCUCCAGAAGACAAGGUGUCCCUUCCACAACACCCGGCUAGGGGAAGAAUCCCUCCAGAAUAUGUCUUUACUCUUCGAUCAUGUGUGUAAUAGGAAUCAGUUUCCCUCCAAGACCCAUCAGGUACUUCACGAUCACUGUGACGAGGUCUGGUACUGUAAGUUCUCACCGGACGGCACCAAGCUAGCAACAGGGUCCAAGGAUAUGACGGUCAUUAUAUGGGAUGUCAUCAAGGAAACAUUAGAAAUCAAGAAGAAAAAGACAUUAGAGGGCCAUGCGUUUGGUGUGUCUUUCUUAGCUUGGAGUCCAGAUAGUCGAUACCUCAUUGUUUGCGGACCUGAAGAUUCAUCAGAACUGUGGGUCUGGAAUGCCGAGACGGGGGAAGUGAAAACGAAGAUGAGCCAAUCGCCCGAAGACUGCCUGACAAGUGCCUCAUGGAACUCUGACUGCAGGAGGUUUGUGACAGGAGGGACGAGAGGGCAGUUCUACCAGUGUGACCUGGAUGGCAACGUGCUAGACACGUGGGAAGGCGUGAGGGUCCAGUGCUUAUGCAUGAAGAAGGACGGCAAGAGGGUGCUAGCGGCAGACACCCACCAUCGCAUCAGGGCGUAUAACUUUGAUGAUCUCACAGACCAACAUGUUCUUCAAGAGGACCACUCCAUCAUGUCCUUCACCAUCAGUUCUAAUGAGCGCCAGGCCCUGCUCAGCGUGGCCUAUCAGGGGGUCCAUUUAUGGGACAUCAAGGAUAAGCUGCUCAUCCGCAAGUUUCAGGGCGUUACUCACGGCUUCUACACGAUACACUCGUGCUUCGGAGGGGUGGAUGAGAAGUUUGUAGCUAGUGGUAGUGAAGAUAAUAAUGUAUAUGUAUGGCAUACCAAGAAAGAGUUACCGAUAGCAGUAUUGCAAGGGCACACCAGGACGGUAAAUUGUGUAGCCUGGAAUCCUAUUCUUCCUAACAUGCUCGUCUCCGUCUCAGACGACACCACCAUCCGGGUCUGGGGUCCCGAUGAAUCGUCAGAUACCGACGGCAGCACAGAAGUUUGACAGGAGCCUGAGACUGCUAAAAGAACUAAAGACUCAAAUAUUCAUUAUGGACAUCCUCUAAGCUGGAUUUGAUUCUACCGGAUGAUAUCAACGAGUAGAAAAUAACCUGGAGCAGGAUAUCAAUGCUUUGCGGUUGUAUAGGAGGGAAACAUUGAAGUGGAAUCGUAAAAAAUCGUCAAGUUGUUGGAUUUUACGAGGAUUUUGAGUGAAAGCGAUAGGAGUGAUGUGUGUCAAGGCAUUGGAUCUGUACAGAAGCAUUUGGAUCGCGUCCAGGAGACAUUGGAAAGUGAUUCGGCCUUUGUGGUGUUGAGCUGUGACGGAUGGAACACUCUCAUUCUAGAAGAGCUUGAUAGCUUCAUUCACUGUGGCAGGAUGAAAAGCAAUCUUGGGAAUGUUCCAAUUUCCUUUGCAGCAGUACGUUUCGGGUUACGGAGAUACAGGGAAAUGGCCUAACAUGGAAACAACUUCCUUUCCCUCUCUCUUCUCAUUUUGUGCAGUGCUAUGUCCAAUUUCUCUCUCUCCUAAUCUCAUAAAGUGUCUAUCUGUUUUUUUAC